CCCCCGCGAAGCAUUCCAUGGUCUUCCAGUCCUCUCUAGCAAGGAAAGGCUAAUUUCAACAUGAUAUCUCUCUUUUACGUGUGGUUGCUCCUUGGGGCUGCAGCCACUGCUCCUCUUGAAGAUGAUAAGAUUAUCGGAGGCUAUGAGUGCUCUCGCAAUUCUCAGCCUUGGCAGGUGUAUUUCACCUACAAUGGUCAACGUUGGUGUGGUGGGUCUCUGAUCAAUUCACGGUGGAUCAUCUCAGCUGCUCAUUGUUACAAGCAGCCCAAAUACCUGAUAGCUCAUCUGGGAGAACAUGAUAUUUCCAAAGAAGAAGGGACAGAGCAACAUAUCCAGGUGGAAAAAGCAUACCAAUACUUCUAUUACAACGAAUACUAUAUGGAGCAUGAUUUUAUGAUGGUCAAACUGGUGGAGCCUGCACAAUUUAACCAAUACGUACAGCCCAUUAAAGUUGCAAGUAGCUGCCCGGCGGAGGGAAGUCUGUGUUUAGUAUCUGGGUGGGGCAAUCUCCAAACAUCUGGAGUGCAGUAUGCCGACGCCCUGCAGUGUCUAGAUCUUCCCAUUCUGUCUGAGGCCAGCUGUAAAAGUUCAUAUCCUUAUCAGAUCACCAGUGAAAUGUUUUGUGCUGGUUUUCAGGAAGGUGGAAAAGACUCAUGUCAGGGGGAUUCUGGAGGGCCAUUGGUGUGUGAUGGAAAGCUCUAUGGCGUAGUAUCGUGGGGAAAGGGCUGUGCCCAGAAAGGUUAUCCAGGAGUAUACACAAAAGUUUGCAGCUAUGUAGAUUGGGUGAAGCAUGUCAUUGACAAUUACUGAAGAACAUCAAAAGAAUAAAUGUUGUGCAGCAUUGAUGCAACUACUAUAUAUCUGUGUCCAGACACUAAUAUUUUGUGAUUGCUAUUCGCAACAUAAGAAAUUAUCUUUUAUAAAUAAAACAUACAUGAGGAUUUCUA